AUGGAUGAACUAACGAGUAUAGAAGAGCUGAAAAGGCAGCUGCGAGAGGCAGAGCAGCGCGCGGGCGUGUUUCGGGCAAUAGUGGAAAGGUUGACGGUGCCCUCGCGCAUACGCAUGGAUUUAGCCCUCGCCAGCAGGUUUUGCCAAUGGCUCCUGCUUCUCGCAUACACCUGCCGCACCUCGUCGAGCGUCGGAAUUACCGAGUCCUCGGCGGCGAAUAUUGGAUCGGAAGAAGACGAAAGGCACGCGGACGAGCCCGAGCCCCAUUUUGAACCAUUAUCGCCAUUUGGGGAAACGCAUUGA